AUGCUCCGCAAAGGCCCAGACAACUCCCCCGACACCCUGUCCAGUUACAGGCCAAUCUGUAUGCCACACACCCCCGGAAAGUUGCUCGAACGGCUUCUUCUUCGGAUUCAGGAGGGGAGUCAGCACCGACUCGGCAGUCAGCAAAGUACUCAGUAUCGCCGCUCAGGCAGCCACCACCCCAGGGAAAAAAGUCUUUGCGUACUAGUGACGUUGGACGUGAAAAAUACGUUCAACUCAUUGAGGUGUCCAGUCGUCGACGCCGCCCUGAGGAGCAUAAACGUAAAUAAGCACGUUCUCACUAUUCUCAUUCGUGAUCACCGUGUUGUGCGCGUUGUGUCUGUGUAA